GGAAGUCCUUCUACAACCGCAGCACCCGGCUGUGGUGGGGCCACUGCCACCUGCGGAUCGGUAGUCGCUUACAGGUGCGACUGAACAAGGGUGUGAAGUUUUCUCAUUUCGAGCACAUCGGCCGGUUUAUCGAGUUCGCCAGGAAUUCACGUUCCCUGCGUGCUGCCACGCUAAGCAAGUGUCUGCGAAGAAAUUUUUGGGGUAAUAAGUUUUACUUCACGGGGGAGCCCAAAACAGGAGAGAACCCCCAACAGAUAUCCAAAUCGACGCAGAAUGAA